AUGGCUACAUCAAUUGAUCUGAUCACUCCGACGCAAUAUCUCACCAAAGAUCAGACAUUAAUCUCCGCCAACAACGAAUUCGAGCUAGGGUUCUUCCCCGCCGGCAUAUCCAACAAUUGGUACAUCGGAAUCUGGUACAAGAAGACCGGAGACCGAACCAUCGUUUGGGUUGCUAACAGAGAUGCGCCGCUGGGGAAUUCAACCGGAGUCUUGAAAAUCAGCUCCGGCGACGGCCGCCUCACCUUGGUCGACGGCGCCGGGAAAUCCGUAUGGUCGUCGAACCACACCGCCGGAGCUUCCAACAGCGUCGCAGAACUACUCGACAAUGGAAACCUCAUCCUUCGCCUCGCGAACGACGACAGCCCGGCCGAAUAUCUAUGGCAGAGCUUCGAUUACCCGACGGAUACAUUACUUCCGGGAAUGAAGCUCGGCUGGGACUCCAAAUCCGGGCUGUACCGGUACAUAACCUCCUGGAAGAGCGCCGACGAUCCGGCCGCCGGAAACUACAGCUUCAAGCUCGACAUCCAUGGCUUCCCCGAAAUAUACCUGAUGGAGAAUAACGACAUACGCUACCGAAGCGGGCCCUGGGACGGGCUCGGGUUCAGCGGCGUCCCGGAAAUGGAGCCCAGCCCGUUCUUCUCCUUCCGAUUCGUGGUCAAUUCCGACGAGGUAUCGUACUCCUUCAAUUUGAAAAACCAGUCCGUUUACUCCCGAUUGGUGGUCCGGCACGGCGGCAGCCUGCAACGAUUCACCUGGAUUCCGACAAGCAAAGCCUGGAAUCUUUACUGGUACGCCCCCAAGGAUCAGUGCGACGAUUACAGAGAGUGUGGGGUUUCGGGGAUCUGCGACACCAACGCCUCCCCUGUCUGCAAGUGCCUGAGAGGGUUCGAGCCGAAGCACCCGCAGGCCUGGAAUCUGCGUGACGGGUCGGGCGGGUGUAUUCGGGUCACCCAAUUGGAUUGCGCCACCGACGGGUUUGUGACGAUGAGCAACGUGAAGCUGCCGGAGAGCGGUUUGGCGUUUGUGGACAACCAAAUGGAUUUGAAUCAGUGCCGGGAACUCUGCCGCCGGAAUUGCUCCUGCCGCGGCUACUCCAACGCCAAUAUUACCCACGGCGGCUCCGGCUGCGUCGUCUGGACCGAUGACCUCUACGACAUGCGGCAGUUCGCCGCCGCGGAAGGCGGCGAGGAUUUCUACCUCCGCGUGGCCGCAGCCGAUUUAGGGGCAUCGGGAGCCGCCGGCGCCGGGGAUAAAUCGAACAAGGAUGGGAAUCAACUCAAGGUCGCUGGAAUUGCCGUUGGGAUUGGGGUUUUUCUGGCUGGAUUGUCAAUUUUCUUCUUGUGGCGAAGGGGGAAAUCGAGAAUGGCAGAAACGAAUGUAUUGGAGCGUACUCGGUUGAGGGAAAGAAGUCAGGACCUGGUGUCGAAUGCGGGGACUGUACUGAGCAGAAGAGAACAGUGGAAGGAGACUGCAGCUGAAGAAGACAUGGAUUUACCUGUGUUCGAUUUCAGCACUCUGCUAGAGGCUACAGACGAAUUCUCUGAUGCAAAUAAGCUUGGGAAGGGAGGGUUUGGAACUGUUCACAAGGGAAUCUUGGGAGGCCAGGAAGUUGCAGUGAAGCGCCUGUCAAAGAAUUCAGGUCAGGGAAUCGACGAAUUCAAGAACGAGGUGAAGCUGAUUGCCAGGCUGCAACACAGGAAUCUAGUCAGGCUGAUCGGCUGCUGCAUCGAAAUGGAGGAGAAGCUGUUGGUAUACGAGUACCUGGAAAACAAAAGCCUGGAUUCCAUUUUGUUCAAGAAAGAUCGAAGCUCGAUGCUCGACUGGGAGAGGCGAUUCAACAUCGUAUCCGGGAUUGCGCGAGGGCUCCUCUACCUGCACCAAGAUUCAAGAUUCAGGAUCAUACACAGAGACCUCAAAGCCAGCAACAUUCUCCUCGACAAAGAAUUGAAUCCCAAGAUAUCCGAUUUCGGAAUGGCAAGGAUAUUUGGAGGAGAUCAAACCGAAGCCAACACGAAAAGGGUCGUCGGAACAUACGGAUACAUGUCCCCCGAAUACGCAAUGGACGGCGUCUUCUCCAUCAAAUCCGACGUAUUCAGCUUCGGCGUAUUAGUCCUGGAAAUCGUGAGCGGGAAGAAGAACAGGGGAUUCUAUCAGACAAACAAUCAGCUCAAUCUUCUUGCAUACGCCUGGAAACUCUACAGGGAGGGCCGAGCCCUGGAACUCGUCGAUUCGGCAAUCGGCGAUUCGUUCUCGAGCAGUGAGGUAAUGAGGUGCAUACAAGUAGGGCUGCUGUGCGUCCAGGAGCUCGCCCAAGACAGGCCGGAUAUGUCGACGGUGGUGCUGAUGCUAAGCAGCGAUUUUGCGACGAUGCCGCAGCCGACGCAUCCGGGAUACUGCCUGGGAAGGCGACCUGUCGACAAUGUGGAUUCAUCUUCGGGUAAACAGGACGACGAAUCUUGCACCGUUAAUCGAGUUACCGUUACCAUCUUGGACGGUCGAUAGCCGUCGGAAAAACAGGCGGGACGGACAGAAGGAGUAUAUUUUUGAAUUGUAUAACAUGAAAUUUAUACACUAGUUAGCAUUAGUUGAGAUUAUUCCAGCUCCAUUACCAGUUCCAUCGUUAAUAAUUACUCACGUUUAUAAUAAUCAAGACUCAGCAUAGUUGGAGUCAUCCUUGUCUUAUAAAUCAAGAAACUUUCCACAUUUUUUCCAAUAUUAAACAAUAAUUAAUACUUUAA